AAUAAAACCAUUAAGUUUCCAUCUGUAAUGAACGUUAGUAUUUUUUCUUUGUUCAAAUUUAAUUUAAUUUACCACUUCUACUUCUUUUAUUGAAUAAUAUUUAAAAAAGUAUCUGAAUGAUAAUUUUAAUAAUUUCAUUUUCAUCAUCGAAGUCGAAAUGAUCCAAUCAGAACCAUUGAUUUCGAUUUAGCUUUGAGUGAGUGAAUAUUUUGACAGCUUUACUUGAAAUAAUUUGUUUUAGUAGGCAAGUUUUAGGUUAUUUAUUUCUAUAUAUAUGGUGGGAGAGGGAUCACACAUUUUUAAAAAAAUGUGAGAAUGUAAAUGGAAGGUUUGAUUUUGAUUUGAUUGAAUACUUAUAUAGUGCUAAGUAUCCAUGCUAUUUUAGCAUGCUCACUGUGCUCUCAGUGAUAGCAUCCAGGCUGUCGCAGGGGUUGUUGGAAUGAUUCAUUGUUUCGAUGUUUGCUUCCUGUGGGGUUUGAAUUUAGAGUUUCCCUCUCUUUGAUGAGGUUAAUGAGUCCCAUCUACCCGGGGUGAGGUUUUUUUGCUUGACUGGGCUUUGGCUGGAAUUGAACUCCUGACCACCAACUUGAGAUUUUGCUCAGUUUAGACCACUCGACCACUCGGUUGGGGAACCUAAAUUGACAAAAACAAAAUCAUGAAAUCAAUUAUUAUGGAAGGUCUCCAUACUAAAUACUUUUAUACCAUUUCCACAACAAUAUAAUAUUCCAAUAUAAAUAAAUAUUUGUUUAAAAUACACUGGACUUGGUCUUAGACAAAUCAUAAAUGUAAAGCUUCACCAGGAGAAAAGUGAGACUGAGAAACUUCCUUAACUUGUAAUAUAAGAUUUAGGGCUAGGGGUUAGCGAACAUUUUUAGCUUCACCCAAAAUUAUUUCUUUUACACUGAAGUUACUCCCUCGUUUUGAAAGGGAUUAAUCUUAAACAUUUUAAAUUCAAAAUUGUAGAGUCUGUGGUAUGGAGAACACAAUACCCGGUAAUUAUAAAGUGUUAAAUAAAUUUAUAAAAUCCUCUAAAUUUGUUAGCAUAUUUAUUAUAUGAAUAUGAUAAAACAGUAAGAAACCAGGCCAAGAUAGUGUAUAUAAGACAAGACAUGGUUAAACUAGCUGCUGAGCUGAGCCAAAGCUGUUUACAAGGUGUCGGGUGAUGGCCAGAUGCACUGCCAGGACAAAAUUUUCUAUUGAAACAAGAAACUCUCUUUUUAUAACUUUUUAGAUCUUUAAUUCUGUCCUUUCAGCACUCAUUACUCCCAAGAUUUGAAUUUUACCCCAUUUUGGGUUAUUUCCCCAACCCCUGAUUUAGGCUUACCUUUUUGCUUUAACUUUAAUAUAAUUUGCAUUUGCUCCACAAUGGUACCUUUCCACAUCAUUUUGAUUUAAGCUUAAAAUUAGUUUUUAAAACACUUGUAUUUAUAUUUUGUGAUCAUAACUGGAACUGUCUUUCUCCUCAGAGUCCCUUAUAAUAUUGUGCAUAAACUGAGCAAGCAAAAAGUGAAAUAAUAAAAUGUCAAGGCUAGGAAUAGCUAAAGGCAAAGCUGCCGAAAAGUCUAAGCCACCAACAGCUCAGACUCCAACUGCUACGCAUGAUAUUGUGCCAGGAAAAUUUAAUGAAAAUGACUGGUAAGUAAAUGUUUUUAAAAGUAAUUGAUAUCAUUUUGUUCUUAUUGUUUUGUUUUUUUAAAUAUAUAAUUUUUAGUUUAUUGUAGUAAUUUUAAGACUAACUUUAAAAAAAAAAAUACUGCAUUAUUAUUAAAUGAUAAAUGUUAAGAUGUAUGCAUUGGAAGGUGUAAUCUUUACAAAGAUGACAAAAACUCCAAGAAAAAAAAAAGGGAUAAGAAGAAGUUGGUUUAUCUCAUAUGCAUGAUGAUAGCUUUAAUUUUGUAUUUGAAGAUCACUGGAUGGAAUUACAGUAAGUGUUUCUUUGCAUGGAUGUUGUUGAGGUCUUGGAAUAAUGAACAAAUGUUUUAUUAUUAAAUAGAUUAUUUGAGCUGCUAUGAAGCUGCUGUAAUUAAAAAGAAUAAAAGUAUGUCUCAAUGGUUUGAAGGAUGUUAAGCAAUGCAUAAUAAAUAGGUUAAGUAAGCUGUUUAAAAUACAUGCAGUGAAAUUCCUUGUCCCAAGGGCGUUUCUGUCUAUUGGUUGAAAGCUGUGUGAGUGUUUUAAAAUGAGUGGAUACUGUGACUUAUAGAGAGAUUGAGAGGGAAGGAUUAGAGAUAAGUUAAGACCUUGAGGUGACUGAGGAAACUAUCGUAAUUCAUGCCUAGUCUACUAUUGUGUAAUGAUGUAGAGUGUAAAUAAACUCUUCAAGCUUGUUAACUUGGCGUUGGAGUUUUACUUGAUAUUCAUCCACCCAACCACACUGCUUAAAUCACUGAAGCACUUCAGUAACAACCAGACAUCUAAUAGCUUGACAUAAUGCCAACCACAAAUAUUUAUAACAUUUGUAGUAGCCAAAGCUAUCAUCCAGUAGGUAGUGGGCUGUCAGCUACCUGCCUUUGUCAUCUGUGCUUUUUCCCAGUCUGAGGUUGGACAUUUUUGGGUACAGAAUUUUUGGUCCACUUCAUGUACUUUAUAUAAUGCCCCAGGCAUUACUAACUCUAGCUCUCCUCGAGGCCGAUGCCAGUUAACACGUGAGCUGGUCUUUGUAGAGUUUUUGGGAGCAGUUCUGUUUCAGUUUAUUUUCACUAAUCUCCAUAAAGUCUACUAUUGAAAUCUGUCGUUGGUGACAUUGUGGGGUAAAUUUUAUAAACUAUUUCUUUUGCAUUCAAAACUACUUAAAACAAUUAAAGUUACAAAGCUAUGGUUUUUAUUUUCACUAAUCUCCAUAAAGUCUACUAUUGAAAUCUGUCGUUGGUGACAUUGUGGGGUAAAUUUUAUAAACUAUUUCUUUUGCAUUCAAAACUACUUAAAACAAUUAAAGUUACAAAGCUAUGGUUUUUAUUUUCACUAAUCUCCAUAAAGUCUACUAUUGAAAUCUGUCGUUGGUGACAUUGUGGGGUAAAUUUUAUAAACUAUUUCUUUUGCAUUCAAAACUACUUAAAACAAUUAAAGUUACAAAGCUAUGGUUUUUAAAGCUUUAUUUUGAAUCGUUACUUACUCAAUUGUUAGAUGAAUAACAAGAGUUCUUUUAAGUUUAUUAGUCAUAUGUCUUGGAAGGCUGCUUGCAGGGCCAUGAUCACAAGCUUGAGGUCACCACUUUAGCUCUUUCUAAUCAUCUAGUUUUAAAUCAAACAACUAUUACACAUUAUGGACAAAUGAGCUAUAUUUAAACUGUGAAUUAUGGAUGAGCCCUGCUUCCAUUCUUCUUCAUCAUCACAUUAAAAUAAUAAUGUCAAAUAAACCAUAUCAACUGUUCUAUCAAUAAAUAGGAAUAUCAUGGUGGAAAGAGAUAAUGCUGAAGAAUUCGGGUUAGAGAUUGUGGAUGAUCUAAUGGAAAAUCUUAUGUCUUCAAUUUAUGAUAAAUACAUACAGUGCCAGUUGCUGCCCUUUACAAUCACUCAAGCUAGAAAUGCAAUAACAGAAAUUGUUGAGGUAUAGCAGUUUGUUAUUCUUAAUCUUAAAAAUAAAAUUUAAGGUGGGUCACUGGUAAGCUUAACAACUAAAUGUCUGUUGGUCUUUAUUUUAUUUUGCAUGAUCUCCCAUUUACAGUGUAGGAAUCAUACACUAGCAUGAAUUAAAAGUAGCUAUAUUAAAAAACGACUCAACUAUUUCUUUUUAGCUCACUCUCCAUUUAACUUAAAUAAUAAUUAUAGAAAAAGCUCAGUUUGUUUGAAAGAAACAUUGUGAAUUUUUUAUAACUUUAUUUUAAAUAUUCGUACAUGAUUAAUUAAAUGGAUGAUUCUUCUAACAAUCAGCCAAAAAAUAGUCACAGUACAUGAGCAAUUAGUUUUAAUAUCCUUGCACUCUUUGGAAACGUUUUGGAAUCAUCUACUCACCACUACCAUAUUACUUUAUUACUACUUGUAGUCUGAUCUAUUCACCAGUGCCCAAUCUACUUGGCUCCUGAUCUAACCAUCAUUAAAAUUGAAGAAUGAAUAUAUCUUAAUGUAUCAGAAUAAAUUAGUUGUUAAUAAGUACUGAAGCUCUAUUUGCAGAACAAUACAGAAAUUUAAAAAUUAUUGUUAAUUAAUGAGUACAGAAAAGUUUUGUCAAAGAGUUUUAUAUAACAAAUUUUCUACAGAUAAUCUCUACAAGCUUAUUAUCAAAAUGAAUAAAAAAUAUUUUUUACAUUUGUUUCAAAUUUACAAAUUUUUUAAUCAGACUAAAUGAUGUGCACAAGUAAAAGUUUCUUUCAUGUUUUUACAGUGGUAUUUCCUUGCAAGAGAUGAGGGAGAGAAUGUUCAAGAAUUAGAAGCUGGCUGGGCUCAAGACGAAGGUACUGGAAAAAUUACUUAAUGCAUGAAUAGUCAUUUUAAUGGCUGCCAGACUUUGUUGUUUUAAUCGCUGUAAUGAUUUUUUUAAUUGCUGACAAAAUUUGUUGCUUAAUUGUUGACAUAUUUGCUGAUGUUGUUGAAAGUUCCAAGUCAUUAAAUAAAUUAUUAAUUGUUGUUUCUAUUGUCAAGUUUUCACUCCAGUGUUAGAGGAAAUAGAAUUAGCUAGAAAUGCAAGGGCAGAAGUUAAAUUUUAAAAGUUAACCGUUUAACAACUUUUAUAAUAUUUUCCCUUGAUUGUGUUUGAUGCUGUGUGUGGCUUACUGUACAUAUGAGGUGCUGUGUAUGUCCUUUAUCAAUGUUUUUAACAUUUUAGAACCGGAACCAUCAGCAACGGAUUGCUGGGCCCAAGGGUCAGUUCCUAAAAAUCACAUUCCAGUCAGUGGUCCUCUCAUGGAAAUACCAGAGGAGGAAACUCCAAUAGAAAAUUUACCAGAAAAAGAGUUGUGAGCUCAUUAAUUUAAAGUGAUAUUGUUGUAACAAUUUGUAUAACUGUUUCCUUAAUAAUUUUCAAUUAAUUUAUUGUUGCAGGCUUAAUUAUUGUAAAACGUCAAAAUAGAUUUUGUAUUUAAAUUAGAUUAAACAAAACGAAAGGAUUUGCUUUAAUAGAUAAAAAAAAUAAUUACUCUUUUAAAAUAAAAUAGAUUAUUGAAAUCCAUUUACACAACUUACUCAUUUUAUCAUAAUUAUUACAUAAUAAAUAACUUUUUGUUAGGACACCAGCCCCAGAGGAAGAUGACAGGGAAGCUGCAGAGUUGCCAGACAUUGUGUCUGAUGCUGAGGAAGAAGAGACUCUUGAACAAAAGGCAGUAGACAAGGAACAAGAGAUUCCAUUAGAAGAUAAAAAAUCUAGUGACUCAAAAUUAAAAUACAAGUUCCGCCCAUAUCGUGGCAAGUUAAAAACUCCACGUGUUGGAAAAAUGACAGAAUCUUUAGAAAGCACAGAAAACACAGCGUACCACGAGAUAAUUGAACUUGAUGAGAAGCUAACAGCUAGUCUCACGAUGCCUGUAUCCUGCACAAGUCUGCUCAGAGUAUGUAUACUGCUUGUUUACUUAUUCCUUGUCAAAUAUUAUCUCAUCUACACCAGCUUAAAAGCAUUUAGUACUUUAAUGUAUUAGAAUUAAGGGAUAUUUUCUAUAAACAUUUAGUACAGUGUAGACUUUGGUCCAGUAAUAAUCCUCAUGAUGAAAUUAAUAUGUCACAUUAGUAGAUGCCCCGGUGUCUAUCCCCCUUCCCCACCCCUGAGGGUAGGAACCCAACCCCCACCCCCCACUAAACCUUGGAGUGUGAUUCAUGCCAGUCGUGGUAUGUAUUGCCAAGAGGUGUUUUAAUUUGGGAGUUUACACUAAUAAUGCUAGUAUUUCGCUAAUAGCUCAAUAAUUCUUCACAUUUUCCAGCAAAUCAAAUCUUGUGAUAAUUCAAAAAAUGAAUUUUAGUAGGCCUAUAUUUUUUUAUUUUCGUUUUAAUUCAUACAAUUCAAAGUUUCAGUGAAAGGCUGGGUGGCUGGGCAGUCAAUACAUGUCUUGUCUCCUUCCUAGAGGGUUGCAGUUCUAGCCCGAUUCCUACAUUAAAAAAAAAAAAAAAAUGUUCCUCCUCACAACCCCUAACCCCCUUUUUCUAUAAGAAAAAUAUAAUUAAAAAAUUGUAUUUGUAUUAUAUUCUUUCCCAUUAUAAUUUUAUUACCUGGAGAAAUUCAAGAAGAAGGCAGUGGGGAUUAUUAAACAAACCCCCCCCCCCCCCCCACUCCUUACUCAGAUUGGAAGCAACUGCUUCCCCCCUCAUUCCCAUUUUCUAAAGUGACUUGAAAAAACAUGAACUUAAGUAACGCACAUUUAUGAAUACCAAGUGUUGCUACACCUACCCCUCCCUCCCCCCCCCACUCCUUACUCAGAUUGGAAGCAACUGCUUCCCCCCUCCCCAGUGUAGAUCUUCCUGAGUAGAUGUACAUCUUAAUAAAGGAACAAAACAAUUAAAAAUACUGCUUGUGUGCACUAUUGAUUGAUUAAAAUAUCAAGAUUCACUGUCUAAUGAUCGUAGUUAGUGUAUUUAUAAUUCAUAUAAUGUAAAUCAAUGAAUCAUAAUUUUCAUACUACCGGUAAUUUGGAGAUUAUAUCAUGGUAUAUCUCUGUGUUGGUAUAUAUAUCUAUAUCAGGCCCAUUCUGACAAGUAAAAAAAAAAAAACUAAUUGUUACUCUUCGGCACAAGGUAGGCAACUUUUUUUAAAGCCACAGUUCUGGCAAAUAAAAAGUAGAAUUGGCCACAAAAUAAAUGAAGCAUGACAAAACCCCAGGAAAAAAACUGUUUAAUCAUAUUUUCCCCAAAAUUAGUGCAAAGAUUGACAAUCAUUUUCAAAACAAGCUUCACAAAUGUUGGUUCAAAGAAUUGAUUCAAAGCCCACCCAUGUGUCUGUCUCUAGAUUAACAUUAAAAUUUCAAGAUCUUUAUUUUUACUAGAUGAAACCCUAAUGUAGAAAAAGCUAUCAAAGUGAAGUUGAUCCAAACUUUGAAAACAUUUUGAAAUGUCUAGCUUCAAUGUUUCAGGAUUCUAAGUAGUUUUUCCAUAUUCCAAAGGCUGACAAUCUAAUGGCUUGAAUGUUCAAUAUAAAAAUGAAAUAUGUAAUGCAAAAACUGAAAGGCUCCGGCUAUUCUGACCCGGUAUCAGAAGUGAGAGGUUGGGUUUAUUAAAAAAUAUUAAAAAUAUUAUUGUUGGGUUUGUAAGUUUUAUAAACUACCACAAAUGAUACCAUUAGGUCUAAGGGGAUCCGGGUCCGAAUAGCGGCGAUGCGUAUCGGGUUCCUUUUUACUAAAUGCUAUUCGGAUGUGUUAACAAAUUUUAAUCAGUCGUACAGUAUUUAAGUCAAUAACUCAUGAUAUUGAUUCUUGUAAAUUUUAGAACCCCUCAUUUAUCUUUUUAGUUAUUUCAAUCUACUCAACCCAGGCACAAAACGGCAGACCUCCUGGCAACAAGGAAGUCAUGUAUGAUGAGUUUGGAAAUGUCGUAGCUGUUGUCAAGUUGGAUCCUGAGAAGUUGCCUACUCACAAGUGGGUGACCACUUUAUCCAUUUCAAAGCAAAUGAAUUUAAAAUAAUACUAUAUCACUCAGCUCCUCUUAGUAUCUUCCAACAACAGCUUGUAACAGCCAGCAACUGCUUGUAUCACCCAUCUCCUACUUAUAUCACCAGAUACUUUUUGUAUUAUUCAUCUCCUGCUAGCAUCAUCCAUCUCCUGCUUGUAUUAUCCAGCUACUGAUUGAAAAUGAGAAAACAAAUAGAAAGUCCAUACAUUUACAUGUAUUUAUAAUAACCACAGAAUAAUUAAAAAUUAAGCGAGAUUUUAAUGUGCUUAAACCAGGGCCGGCACUAGGAGGUGCCUAACAGGGCAACUGGUGUGUGUAGUUUUUGUUUUAUCGCCAUUUCAAUCAUCGUUCUUUCAUUGUGAAUUGGCAAAAUAUACACACUUUACCCACUGUUCAUGUUUAACCUGCAGUCUCAUAGCGAAUGUUCUAAAACACUGAUGAAACACUUUUUUCAUCAUAAUUUGUUUAAACACACAGCGUGUUUGCAGACUGAUUGGCAAAGUUAAAGGUCUGUGUCACUCCCUGUUUUUAAAAGUAAUUCAGUGACAGUGUGGCAUGAUGCGCUAUUAACAGAGAAAACCACAAUUUUGUCCAACAGAAACCCUUGCGCACUUUGCACUUUGCUAUUUCAAGUGGUUUUAUUAAGAAAUCGAUUCAUGCCGUGGGUGAGUUAGCACAUAUGUCAGGGACAGUGCUAUGUCAAGGUUUGCAGUUACAGGUUUCACUGUAUAAACUGUAUAAAGUACAUCUAAUAAAGAAAACCAGUUUGAAAAAGGUUUCAUUUUAUCAAAUCUGUGAACUGUUCUUAUCUUACAGAGUGAACAUCAAGUACCAACUUGUGGAACCAUUGACAGAGACCAGGUUUGAUGUACUCAAAAAAAAAUCCAAUGGAAAAUUGAAAAAAUUGCGUUCUCAAAAGAAUAUCAGUACUGACACUGACCCAGUAACAAAAGGUGCUCAAAUUUAGCAAUUAAAAUUAUUGAACUUAUCAUAUAUUAUUAGAAGAGUAAGACUAUCAAGCCAUUUAAUUAAAUGGAAUAUCCGGUCUUGUUCAUUAGACAGCUUGGAAUAUAUGGUGAAGAGUUUCCAUAUUUUCAAAGUAAGAAAAAUAAUAUUAAUGCUAUUUUUUAAUGAUAAAAUAAAAAGGAGUACAAUUUAGUUGAGAAACAUUUCUUAUUUAUUGGGAAUUAUUAUAUUAUAUAUUUUUAGCCCUCCGAAUGAAGCCAGACUCAUCCCACUCUGGACCAUUACCUCCACCCUUGGUGAGUUCCAAGCAAGAAAAAAAGAACUGUGGUUUAAUGCAUUUGAAUUAAUAAGAUAAUAUAGAUUUUAUUCCUAUUGUAUUGUAAGGAUGCGUAGAUAAGUCUCAGAUAUUUAAGAAAUUUAACAAAUGAUAUUAAUUGGCUCAUUUGGAAUUUAUUCUUAAUGAACUCUUCUUUCAUAGCAUUAAUUUUCUUCACUUUUUAUUAUUUUUUAAAGAAGAGUCGUAGAAAUUCUUCGAUCUCAAUGAAAAACUCUACAGAAGAAAUACUAAGUCCAGUGGUACAUUCCAAGUUUUUAAAUUCUUCUAUAUUUAAAAGACACUAUUUCAAAAUUGUCUUGACACUUUUCCAAAGUUAUCCACAUUUUAAUUGACACUGCUUAACAAUUUUCUACAUUUUAAUUGACAAUGUUUUUGAAGUUGUCCACAUUUUGAUUGACACUUUUCUCAAGAGUUCCAAAUUCGUCUUAAUAUUAUUUUUCCUUAAAUUUAAAAAAAGAAAUGUAUUAUCUGGCUGUUAAAUGAAAAUUAUUUAACUGGCAAUAGCUUGGCUACUAACUAAAAUGAGAAAUAUUACAAGGAAUAGCUUCAGUAUCAUAACAAGGAAUAUCUUCAGUAUCAUAGCAAGGAAUAGCUUCAGUAAUAAUUAAUGUAACAAAGAAUAGUUUCAGUAAUAUAACAAAGAAUAGCUUUAGUAAUAAAACAAGGAAAACCAAGUGAAUUUAUAUGCAAUGACAGUAUUAUUUAUUUAAUUGUUACAUGUGAAAUUUAAAAAAAUAAAAAUAAAUGUAUUCUCAUAUCAUUCAAAUCCUAAAACUUUUUUAAUAGUUCUUAACAUCAAUGACAGAGGAGACCACCAUUUUAACUUGUUUAUCUGGCCCCAGCUGUUUGUUAUUGUUAAACACUGAAUUAUUUCGACACCUGUUCUGUUGUUAAAACUUUACCCACAAUUCUUUCCUCAGAUUGAAGAAAUGGAGGUGGCUAGAGGAGUCAUUGUUAAGGAGGGAGGGAGAGUCAAGAAAGGACCUGGGCUGGUAAAAAAAUUUUGAUAAUAUAUUGGUACUAUUAUCAUUCAGAUUGAGCAUUAGAUUACCUCAAACAUCACAUUGAUAUAAUAAUUAUUGCAUUAUGAUCGGUUUUUAUUUCAAUUAAAAAUUUGUCAACAAGUUGCAUUUAAUUUAUCUGUUUAUGAUGAUAUAAAAUCAAUUUUUAUUCACUGCAGUACUAUAGAAAGUUUGACAUCCUGGAGGAAAGCCAAAAGGGGAUGAAGCAGAUAAGUCUAAGGAUCACCAGGCCAGGAAUUACUGUCACUGACUUGUUGGACCGAGCGACGCCCAUUCUCCGUCAGUUGGGAGAAACAUCGCCUUUGCCUCCUAUAGUACCCCAUCCACCACCACAAAGAAUGCAGCCCUCAGUGUAAUCCCCAGACCUUCAGAACAUUAUCUGAUGCAGUGAUGAGGCCAGACAUAUUUUAUAUAUAAACAUUGGAAACACAAAAUGAUUAGCAUUUCAAACAAGAAAAUCAGUGAUUUUAAUAGAAACAUGUUUCUGUUUAAUUAUGUCAUCUCUUCUUUCACAAGAUAAUUUCUUGGUCACACCUUAUGCUUUACUCAUUCCUGGCGGCAGUGCUACUUCCGUACUUAAUUUAUAUUCCUGAGAAAGGGAAGUAAUUCAGUUUUGUAAUUGAUUUACAUUUGUAAAAUAUUUAUUUAAGCUGCUACAUAUUAAUGAUUUAAGGAUAAACGUGUCCAGAAAUGAAUUAGGUUUAAUAAAAUAUAAGACUAACAAAUAAUAAGCAAUGACCAAAAAAAAUCUAUUUUUGGCACCUGGGAUGAACACGUGCUAGAAUAGCUGUGCUGUACUAAUGCACGCAUGGAUUGAGAGUGAAACAAGAGAUAAAUGCUUCUGUUUUUUUUUUACUUUAAAUCCGGCCAUCACCAGAAGUCUUGAGGGGCACAAGCUUUAUUGCUCUUUUAAAUUAAAAAUGAGAGAGGUGUGUUGCUCUGCACCGGGACACCUCUGUUGGAACACCUGAAUAGAAAUUAAGUCACAAACGCUGGGAAUGAGUUAAGAUUAACUUAUAUGAAAAUACAAAAUUUUCUCUAAGAAAACUAAAUGUUUUUAUUUAGUAGCUAAAAAAAUUACUUGACAUAUAAAUUUGAAAUACAAAAUUCUAUUGUGCAGUCCUUUAAAAUGAACAAAUUUAAUAUUUGGAAUAUGAAGUUUGAAUUCCGAAUUAGGAUAUAUGAGAAAAGUAUUAUGGUGUGGAUGUUGUUAUAAAAUAUUUCAUGUUCAGCAACAAACAAACAAAAGAAACAACAAACAAACCACCAGGAUUUAUUGGUACAUAGAAAAAACAAUUAAAACUUUUAAAGUAAGUUGUUUGUUCUAGUUCAUUGCUAGCCACGAUCGUGUUGUAUAAAUAAGCUGUUAUAUAUCAUGUCUGUAGCACAGUUUGUGAUCCACUAACAUAAUCAUCAUGUAGGGCAUCAUUGAAUUAUCUGCUCAGUUCAAUCAACUGGUCAGUUGGAUAAACUGGUCAGAUGGAUUAACUGGUCAGUUGGAUAAACUGGUCAGUUAGAUAAACUGGUCAGAUGGAUUACCUGGUCAGAUGGAUUACCUGGUCCGAUUGGAUUACCUGGGCAGCCGCAUAAACAGAUCAGAUGGACUACCUGGUCAGUUGGAUCAGCUGGUCUCUUAGAUUACUUAAUCCAUUGGAUCAUCUGGUCAAUUAGAUCACCUUACAUUAGAUCAUCUGAGCUUGGCAAAUAAAUGGACUCUCACUAAAAAAUGAAUCUCUUGAAAACAAUGCUCAGACAUUUUUGUGAAUGAAAAAAUAAUUCAGUUCAUGCUCUUUAUAAAACAAUGUCCAUUCAGCAACCUAACAAGAUAGUGCAGCAAUUUACAGAACUAUUAGCUGAUGUAAUGAACAGGAAUAGAACAUGUCUUUUUGCACUGAAUCUGUGAUAAAAAAAUUUAUUGAUCUUUCUUAGUCUUGUCAUAUUGAUUGUUUACAAAUCUGAAUUUUAUAUGUAUAUAAGAAUACACUCUGAUAUAGAGCA